UCCUCACAUAUCAGUAGUUCUUCAUCUGCUCAUAACACUUAAGCCACCUGAUUUUCCAUUUACUUCCUCAGCUGUAAACAUGUGGAAAAUGAAUCACUACCUGCCCUUAUUCCUUAUUGCCUCUUGUUUGUUCUUCAUUUCACAUUCUCAAACUAUUUCUAGUACUUCCUCCCAACAUCGUUGCCUCCCAGACCAGAGCUCUGCUUUGCUGCAACUGAGGAAAGAAUUGGUUGAGAAGAGAACCUAUCCUGAUGAUUACUAUGGUGUUUCAUAUCCAAAGAUGAAGUCUUGGAAGGAAGUCUUGGAAGGCAGAUACUGAUUGUUGUUCCAGCUGGGAUGGGGUCACAUGUGAUGCGCACAACGGCCACGUGAUUGGCUUAGACCUCAGCAACAGCUGGCUUUGUGGGCCUCUCAACUCUAACAGCAGCCUCUUCAGGUUGCGUCAUCUUCAAAAACUCGACCUUGCCCUCAACAACUUCUCUUCCUCCACCACAAUCCCAUCUUGAGUUUGGGCAGCUUGUGAGGUUGACCCAUCUUAAUCUCUCUUAUUCCUUCUUACAUGGCCGAAUCCCAUCAGAAAUUUCAUGGCUCUCCAAUUUGGUUUCACUUGAUCUCUCUUUCAAUUAUUUUGAGUACUCUGUUGGUGCUGAUUUUUAUGAAACAUAUUUGAAUCUCAGAAGAAAUGAUCUUGAAGCACUUGUCCAGAACAUGACAUACUUGAGAAAACUUCAUCUAGACAAUGUGAACAUCUCAUCGUCACUGCCUCAAUCCCUAGCAAAUUUGUCUUCCUUGACUUCUCUUUCUCUACCUUACUGCAAUUUGCUUGGCAAAUUUCCCUCGGAUAUUUUCCUACUGCCCAAGAUACAAGCCAUUGAUGUGUCAGGUAACUACAAUCUCACUGGUUUUCUUCCCAAUUUUCGAUCUCGUAGUUCCCUAAAGAAAUUGCAUAUUUCCUCCAUGAAUUUUUCUGGGGAAUUUCUCGAUGCUAUCGGGAACCUUAAAUCCUUGAACUUUUUGGGUCUUUCUCAAUCCUAUUUUUCCAGGGAAUUACCCAAUUCAAUUGGCAACCUUGAAUCCUUGAGCCAUUUGGAUCUUUCUGGGGCAAUUUCUCUUGGGGCAUUGUCCAAUUCAAUCGGCAACCUUAAAUCCUUGAGUCAUUUGGAUCUUUCUAGUACAAAUUUUUUUGGGGAAUUGCCCAAAUCAAUCGGCAACCUUAAAUUCUUGAGUCAUUUGGAUCUUUCUUGGACAAAUUUUUUUGGAGAAUUGCCCAAUUCAAUCGGCAACCUUAAAUCCUUGAGUCAUUUGGAUCUUUCCUCAGCAAAUUUUUCUGGAGAAUUGCCCAAUUCAAUCGGCAACCUUAAAUCCUUGAGUCAUUUGGAUCUUUCUUGGGCAAAUUUUCUUGGAGAAUUACCCAGUUCAAUUGGAAAGCUUGAGUCCUUAAAUGCUUUUUAUCUUAGCUCAACAAUUUUUUCUGGGAAACUGCCUGAUUCAAUCGGCAAUCUCAACUCCUUGAAAUAUUUGAAACUUGAUUCAAGUAAAUUUUUAGGGGAAAUUCCCCCUUCUAUUGGGAACCUAUCACAGCUUACUUCUCUUUCUCUCUAUGGGAGCAAUUUUCAUGGUCAGCUUCCAUCCACAUUAGGAAAUCUUGCAAAACUCACUUUUCUAGGUCUUGGCUAUAGCCUUUUCUCUGGGAAAGUACCAUCUUCACUGGGAAAUCUUACACAACUAGAAGAAUUAUUCCUUUUAUAUAACAAUUUUGAAGGCAAGUUCCCAGUUUCACUAACAAAUAUUACCAAACUCACUUGGAUAGAUAUAUCAGGAAACCAAUUGAAAGGGUCAAUCCCAUCGGAAAUAAGUAGACUUACUAAUUUGUCUUCCCUUGACUUGUCACAAAACUCACUCACAGGGGCUAUCCCAUUGGUUUUGUAUACAAUGCCUUCAUUAUCUGAACUAUAUCUAGAUCAAAAUCAGCUUACUGGCCCUCUCCAAUUUCAAAAUAUCUCUUCAUCACAAUUAAAUACCCUAGGAUUGAGUGGAAUCAAAUUGGAUGGACCGGUUCCAAGGUCAAUUGCCAAUUUCACUAAGCUACAAGUGUUAUAUCUUUCUUCGAUCAACCUAAAGGACAAGGUGGAGUUAAACAUAUUCUUCCAGGUUAAAAAGCUUCAAUCUCUCGAUCUUUCAGGUAACAAUUUGUUGGUUUCAAAAGAAAAUAUCAAUUCAACCCACCACAAAUUUUUAGAUUUGUAUUUGUCUUCUUGCAAUUUGCGUGAAUUCCCUGAUUUCCUAAAAGCCCAAAAUAAAUUGCAAAAUUUAGACCUUUCCAACAACAGCAUUGAAGGUAAAAUACCUAAAUGGUUUUGUAAUGUUGGAAAAGGGACACUACAAAACCUGAAUCUUUCUUUUAACCUUCUCAGCGGUUUUGAACAACCGCUAAAAGUUCUUCCUUGGAAAUUUAUUCAAUUUUUAGAUCUACGUUCCAACAUGUUGCAAGGAUCACUACCAAUUCCCCCAUUGUCUACAAGAUAUUAUUUUGCCUCAAAUAAUAAUCUAACGAGGAAAAUCCCUCAAAUGAUUUGUAUGGUGAAUUCCCUUAGAGUCCUUGAUAUUUCUAACAACCAGCUGAUUGGUCAGAUUCUGCAAUGUUUAAGUCACUUUAGCAAUUCUCUUUCAGUAUUGAAUAUGAGAAACAAUUGCAUUCAAGGGAACUUGCCUAAAUCAUUCAUGAAAGGAUGCAGUUUGAUGACGCUCGACUUCAGUCACAACCAAAUACAGGGGAAGAUUCCACAAUCAUUAGUACGAUGUCAAAUGCUAGAGGUCUUAAAUCUUGGAAAUAACAACAUUAAUGAUGCAUUCCCCUUCUGGUUGCAGUCUUUGCCAGAGGUACGAAUUCUUGUCUUGCGAGCAAAUGGAUUCCAUGGUCCUAUAUGGACUCCUCAUACCAGGUUUGGCUUUUCCAAGUUGCAUGUCAUUGACCUCUCUCACAACAAUUUCUCCAGUAGGUUACCAUUAGAAUACUUUAAAACUUGGAAUGCAAUGCUAAUGGUCCCUGCCAAAGAUAAAUCACAAACUGAAUACAUGGGAAGUCAAUUUAAUUAUUAUAAAGAUUCAAUAACAGUGGUGAACAAGGGGAUAGAAAUAUUUUUGGUAAAGAUCUUGACCAUCUUCACGACUAUUGAUCUCUCCAAUAAUAGGUUUUAUGGAGAAAUUCCGAAUAGUGUGGGAAACUUAAGGGGACUAAUUGUACUCAAUUUAUCGAGCAAUAGCUUCAUGGGCCAUUUCCCUUCAUCGUUAGGGAAUCUAACUGCGCUUGAAUCUUUGGAUCUUUCUCAAAACAAGCUCUCAGGUGAAAUCCCUCAACAACUAAUAGGUCUUACAUUUCUUGAAUAUUUAAACUUGUCUCACAAUCAACUUGUUGGUCCAAUUCCACAAGGUGGACAAUUUUCGACAUUUGAAAUUUCCUCUUUUGAGGGAAACUUUGGAUUGUGUGGCUCUCCAUUACUAAAUAAAUGUGGAAAUAAUAAUGAGACAAAAAGUUAUGAAACAAGGCAUGAAUCAUCAAUAGCAGAAGGAUUUGAUUGGAAAGCGGUUGUGAUAGGAUAUGCUUGCAGAUUGAUAAUUGGACUAGUUAUUGGGUGUUUUGCCACCUCAAGAAGGACAAUUUGGUUUGUGAGAAAUUUUGGAGUGCACUUACGUAGGUGAAGAUGAAGACAAAUAGAGGCAGUUACUCUAGAUUUAUAGUGAUUGUAAUAUUUGUAUCUAUGUGUGUAAUAAUACGGAUCGUCACCAUUGACCACUACCUGGUCCCGCCGAUCCAUGGCCUUGAUAUCUCUUAUAGCGCCUUCCAAGAGAUUCUUAACAAGCAAUUUAAAAAUUAUUCCUUCCUUUCACAAACCCAUUCAAAAGUGAAAAUAGUUCAGUCAAUUGUGCCAAUAUGGGAGGAAUAUGAAAGGACUUGAAUGCAUAAGGUGACAAUGCCUCCUGAUCCUGGCAAACCACCUCCACAGGAUGUUCUUAAAACCCUCUAACUAAGUCUUGAAUUUGAGGACAAACUUAUUGAAUUUUGUGGUGAAGCAAAAAACUCUUUACUCUGACUCCAUUUGAGAAAGAAAUGUAAAGUUAAAGCAGUCAAUGACAUCAUCAAUGAUGAGGGAAAUUUGGUUGGACUUGAACAUGUUACUCCUAACAAUAUAGAUGCAGAACCUUUGAAGAAUGCUAAAGAAAAGGAAAUAAUUGAAUCUUUGUCACCACAAGUUUCAAUAUGUGAAGAAGAUGGUCCAAUACUCACUGAAGGGAGAAAUACAAGUAUUGAACCAUUGUCUCGAGGUUGAGUAAAUGCAGUUAUUAGCAAUUACUGAAACGUUAGAUCCAAAUGUAAUUUAUCAUGAGGUUGCAUUUUUAUCCUCUUGGAUGUUGGGCCUUUUCACUUUUAAGCAUAAGUUUUCUUUUGAUCAUGUGAUAUGAUGGGUCCUUCACUAUAUUAUGGUGUUGGACACAAAAGCUACAAUAUUGUCUUGAAUGCCUUUUAGUUUCUUCUAAGUGUUUUCUUAAA